AUGCCUACCGCCUGCAGCAGUAGUGAUAGCGGCAGCAGCAGUAGUGAUAGCGGCAGUGAUAGCGGCAGUGAUAGCGGCAGCAGCAGCAGUAGUGAUAGCGGCAGCAGCAGCAGUAGUGAUAGCGGCAGUGAUAGCGGCAGCAGCAGCAGUAGUGAUAGCGGCAGUGAUAGCGGCAGCAGCAGCAGUAGUGAUAGCGGCAGCAGCGGCAGCAGCAGCAGUAGUAGCGGCAGCAGUAGCGAUAGCGGCGGCAGCAGUAGCGAUAGCGGCGGCAGCAGCAGCGAUAGCGGCGGCAGCAGUAGUGAUGAUAGCAGCAGCAGUAGUGAUAGCGGCGGCAGUAGUGAUAGCGGCGGCAGCAACAGCGAUAGCGGCGGCAGCAGCAGUAGUGAUAGCGGCAGCAGCAGCAGUAGUGAUAGCGGCAGCAGCAGCAGUAGUGAUAGCAGCGGCAGCAGUAGUGAUAGCAGCGGCAGCAGUAGUGAUAGCAGCGGCAGCAGUAGUGAUAGCAGCGGCAGCAACAGCAGUGAUAGCGGCGGCAGCAGCAGUAGUGAUAGCGGCAGCAGCAGCAGUAGUGAUAGCGGCAGCAGCGGCAGCAGUAGUGAUAGCAGCGGCAGCGGCAGCAGUAGUGAUAGCAGCGGCAGCGGCAGCAGUAGUGAUAGCAGCGGCAGCGGCAGCAGUAGUGAUAGCAGCGGCAGCAGUAGUGAUAGCAGCAGCAGCAGUAGUGAUAGCAGCAGCAGCAGUAGUGAUAGCGGCAGCGGCAGCAGUAGUGAUAGCAGCGGCAGCGGCAGCAGUAGUGAUAGCAGCGGCAGCAGUAGUGAUAGCAGCGGCAGCAGUAGUGAUAGCGGCGGCAGUAGUGAUAGCGGCGGCAGUAGUGAUAGCGGCGGCAGCAACAGCAGUGAUAGCGGCGGCAGCAGCAGUAGUGAUAGCGGCAGCAGCAGCAGUAGUGAUAGCGGCAGCAGCGGCAGCAGUAGUGAUAGCAGCGGCAGCAGUAGUGAUAGCAGCGGCAGCAGUAGUGAUAGCGGCGGCAGUAGUGAUAGCGGCGGCAGUAGUGAUAGCGGCGGCAGCAACAGCAGUGAUAGCGGCGGCAGCAGCAGUAGUGAUAGCGGCGGCAGCAGCAGUAGUGAUAGCGGCAGCAGCAGCAGUAGUGAUAGCGGCAGCAGCAGCAGUAGUGAUAGCAGCGGCAGCAGUAGUGAUAGCGGCGGCAGCAGUAGUGAUAGCGGCGGCAGCAACAGCAGUGAUAGCGGCGGCAGCAGCAGUAGUGAUAGCGGCGGCAGCAGCAGUAGUGAUAGCGGCGGCAGCAGCAGUAGUGAUAGCGGCGGCAGCAGCAGUAGUGAUAGCGGCGGCAGUAGUAAUAGCGGCGGCAGCAACAGCAGUGAUAGCGGCGGCAGCAGCAGUAGUGAUAGCGGCAGCAGUAGUGAUAGCAGCGGCAGCAGUAGUGAUAGCAGCGGCAGCAGUAGUGAUAGCAGCGGCAGCAGUAGUGAUAGCAGCGGCAGCGGUAGUGAUAGCAGCGGCAGCGGUAGUGAUAGCAGCGGCAGCGGUAGUGAUAGCAGCGGCAGCGGUAGUGAUAGCAGCGGCAGCGGUAGUGAUAGCAGCGGCAGCGGUAGUGAUAGCAGCGGCAGCAGUAGUGAUAGCAGCGGCAGCAGUAGUGAUAGCAGCGGCAGCAGUAGUGAUAGCAGCGGCAGCAGUAGUGAUAGCAGCGGCAGCAGCAGCGAUAGUGAUAGCAGCGGCAGCGAUAGUGAUAGCAGCGGCAGCGAUAGUGAUAGCAGCGGCAGCAGUAGUGAUAGCAGCGGCAGCAGUAGUGAUAGCAGCGGCAGCAGUAGUGAUAGCAGCGGCAGCAGUAGUGAUAGCAGCGGCAGCAGUAGUGAUAGCAGCGGCAGCAGUAGUGAUAGCAGCGGCAGCAGUAGUGAUAGCAGCGGCAGCAGUAGUGAUAGCAGCGGCAGCAGUAGUGAUAGCAGCGGCAGCAGCAGCGAUAGUGAUAGCUGCAGCAGUAGUGAUAGCGAUAGCUGCAGCAGUAGUAAUAGCGGCAGCAGCAGCAGUAGUAAUAGCGGCAGCAGCAGCAGUAGUGAUAGCAGCAGCAGUAGUAGUGAUAGUGAUAGCGGCAGCAGUAGUGAUAGCAGCAGCAGUAGUAGUGAUAGUGAUAGCGGCAGCAGUAGUAGUGAUAGUGAUAGCGGCAGCAGCAGUAGUAGUGAUAGCAGCAGCAGUAGUGAUAGUAGCAGCAGUAGUGAUAGCGGCAGCAGCAGUAGUAGUGAUAGCGGCAGCAGCAGCAAUAGCAGCAGCAGCAGUAGUAGUAGCAGCAGCAGUAGUAGUAGCAGCAGCAGCAGUAGUAGUAGCGAUAGCAGCAGUAGUAGUAGUAGCGAUAGCAGUAGUAGUAGUAGCAAUAGCAGUAGUAGUAGUAGCAGUAGCAGUAGUAGUAGUAGCAAUAGCAGUAGUAGUAGUAGCAAUAGCAGUAGCAGUAGUAGCGAUAGCAGCAGCAGCAGCAGCGAUAGCAGCAGCAGCAGCGAUAGCAGCAGCAGCAGCGAUAGCAGCAGCAGCAGCGAUAGCAGCAGCAGCAGCGAUAGCAGCAGCAGCAGCGAUAGCAGCAGCAGCAGCGAUAGCAGCAGCAGCGAUAGCAGCAGCAGCGAUAGCAGCAGCAGCGAUAGCAGCAGCAGCGAUAGCAGCAGCAGCGAUAGCAGCAGCAGCGAUAGCAGCGAUAGCAGCAGCGAUAGCAGCAGCGAUAGCAGCAGUAGUCGUAGUGGUGAUCGUCGUAGUAGUAGUAGUAGUAGUGGUCGUAGUAGUAGUAGAUAUGCUAGAACCAAGGGGGGAAACAAGAUGGAUGGUAUGAGGACC